UCUGCCCGCCGUCUCCGGAGUAAGUCGUGGAAAAUUCGCCAGGCAUCACGUGUCGUGUGCAGUUCGAGGGUUCUCGUCGUCUGCGAAAAAGUCGUGUUUUUUUGUUCUCGCUCGAGUGAAGUUUUUUCGGAGGAAAUUUGACGUCGCGUGACUUUCGAGUGGAGUUUUUGUUGUGGAGGAAAAUUGUGGGAAUGUUUCCAGGAUCCAAUUUCUGGAAAAGUGUGUAAAGGUGGUGUGAAAAAGAGGCUGAGCAGUACAGGAAAUCAAAGGAUAAGAAAAAAGCUUUCCUUGUCGUCGUCGCGGGAACAAAUUUCCCCCCGUUUUUUAUCUGUGUGUCGUCGUGAGAAAGGAUGCUGUGUGCUAUCCCUUUGGCUAGAGUUGUCUGGAGAUAAGGCGGAAAAACGGUGCGAGAAAAUAGGAAAGAAAAAAAAGUUUAUCAACACUGGUUUUCCUCGUUUAGAGUCGGCACACAAAGAGUGAGUAGAAAAGGAUAAAAAAAAAGGUUGGCAAAAGUGAAAAGUGAAAAUCAUUGAAAAGGAUCCUUUCAAUUUUUGGCCGAGUGCAAAAAAGAAGAGGAAAUAAUUUUUCACCCCUCCCCGGAAAAUAAUAAAAGAAGAAAAAGUUCGACACUUGCCCGGUGCGUUUGAUAAUUAAAAUUCUUUUUUGUUGUCUCACUGCAAACAAAUCAGCAUCCUUCCCCGCCACCCCCACCACCUCAACAGAGGAAAAAUAAGAGAAGAAAAACCAACGGAAAGUGAAAAUCGGUGGCUCUGUUUUAUUUACUCAUCAGACGGCGAGCGAGUGGGAAGAAAAUUGCGUUUUUCUCGGUGUGAUAUUAUUUCUUCCCCGACACUGCACCUUCGUCGAGAAGAAGCACGGAGGGAAAGUGAGGAAAAAAUUUUCCCAAAACAAAAAAGAAAAAAAUUGAAGCCCCUGCUGCUAAAAGUUUAACGCGUUUUUAUUCGCCAGAUUGGUGAUUUGGGAUCGGAAAAGUUACUACUAUUGCCACUUUCGGGGAAAAAAAAGUCGCGGGAAAAUCGCCUGCGCUAAUCUGGAAAAGUGAAAAGCGCAAUAUUUGUGUUCAAAACCCGGAAUGGAAAUCUAAACAGCGACUCAACAAGAGUGCACUUCAAGAAAGCAGUUUGUAAAGGGGAGGAAAAGUGUGCGGAAAAUUCAGCCAGAAGCGGUGAAGAAGGAAUGGAAUCUAACUCUUAAUUGGAUUAUAAAUUGGCCGGAAGCGAAGGAACUCGCGACAUUCUAGCGCUAGCUGGCGUGCCUCCUCCUCUCUGAAUCUUGGAAGGUUUGUUCAACAGGACUUUCAAUCAGCCAAAUUACCAAUUAAUGAGGGGCUUUUUCAUCCCUCCAACAGGACCAACCACACACUGCACAACACGGAAAACAAAAGAAGCUUGUGCCUGUAACGCAAAACAAUAGAACAGCACCGAAACAAUAGUCGACUGGGGCAGGAACCGCACCACUACAAACCCGCUUAGCGGUGCUCGCUCGUUGAAAGGCCGAGGCACUCGCCGUGUUGCCUUCAUUCAGGGGGCAGGUCGAGCGCAAUUCCCUGAACCACACACACACACACACACACCGCCUCACCACCCUCCAAUGCUCAGCGUGGACGCCCCGGCAGUGGCGGCGGAUGCAAACAGUCACCGGCUUCAAUCGUUUCCCUCAUCAACGUCAGGCGCAGCCUCGGCGGCCAUCUCGGAGAACCGGUUCCCGGUGGAUCUGCCGGCGCCGGAUCUAGGCACGGGCAGCGGCGGUGACCACAGCUGCAGCAGCAGUGACGAGGACGGCGCGACGAGCUUUUGCGAGGACAUCAACGCCGCCAGCAGCAGGUUGGUCGUGUUCCGGACUCAGCCCGAAGUUGGUGCUGGUGUGGUAGAUUCCGAAGCGGCAGGGGAGAGCAGGAGAGGCAUGACCACGGUGGCGGCCGUUACCGCAGCUGCCAAUAAAGCAGUCGCUGCACUGAUGGAGUACCGACAGAGACAGCAGCAGCAGCAGCAGCAGAACAAUAAUCACAUGGUUCAGGGGAUGGGACCGUUUCCGGGUGCGGCCGCGGCCGGUUACCCGCCAGCACAGGCCCUCGGCGCCGCCACCGACAGUCUGUCGAUGCAGGUCGUCAAGGGUGCGGCCGGCGGUGGGGGUGUAGGCGGUGGCGGAGGCGGAGGUCUCGUGGAUCAUCCCCUCAGUAGCCUCAAGCAGCAGCAGGACCAGCUCAGCCACCAGCAGCAGCAACACCACGCGCAGCAGCAGCACCAACAGCAGCAGCAGCAGCAGGCAGUGGCAGCGGCCGCCGCGGCACAGCUCGCCAGCUCACAGUCACUCAGAAAUACUGUCAGUCAGUACAGCUCCCCAGCAUCAGUAUUAGGCGUCGUGCCGUCGUCGGUCGCGACGUCCCUCGCCGCCGCCGUUGCGUCCUCGAUGCCACCGUCGUCGCUGUCGUCGGCGUCGCUCGUCGCGGUCAGCUCGGCCAACAGCAGCCCCGGAUCGGCCGGUUCCGCCGCCACUUCCGCAGCCAGUGCCAUCGCCGCCUCGAACGGAAUUGAACAACAGACUGUUAGUAUUAAGACCGAAUUAUUGCAGCAAACGGAACCAGAAACGCAAGUCUCAAGUGCCAACAACAGCGUCAACGCCACCAGCAGCAGCAUCACCAGCAGUACGACCUCCCCAGACCCGGCUGCGGUCAGUUCCUCGAUGGCCGCCGCCGCCAGCAGCAGUAGCAGUAGUCCGGGCCUGUUGACGACGGCGACCACCACAACGACGGCCUCCGGAACGGCGCUCAGUACGGUCGCUGCGGCCCAACUGGCCAGCCAGGUUGCCGCCCAGCAGCAACAGCAACAACAGCAGGCCCAGGCCCAGAGUGUGGCCGCCGCCGUUGCGGCCGCGACCGCCAUGGCCGAAUCCAAAGCGCAGCCAAAGCGACUACACGUGUCCAAUAUUCCGUUCCGGUUUCGGGACCCGGACCUGCGGUCCAUGUUUGGGCAAUUCGGCACCAUCCUGGACGUGGAGAUCAUCUUCAACGAGCGCGGCAGCAAGGGAUUCGGUUUUGUAACAUUCGCUAAUAGUAGCGAUGCGGAGCGAGCACGCGAACGUCUUCACGGCACUGUGGUUGAGGGACGCAAGAUUGAGGUCAAUAACGCAACGGCCCGAGUUCAAAGUAAAAAGGUUCCUGCUGUGUCGAGCGUUUUCCUGGCGAAGCCUGGCACCGUGGCAGCUCCUCCCCUGGCAGCAGUUUGCGUGCCGUGGCCGACCGAAGGUUACCGACUGUCGAUGGGUGCCUGGCCCUGGCUAGGAGCAACGGCGGCCACCGUUGGCGCCACCGCGAACCCCGGUGCGGCAGCCGCACUGGCCGCCGUCGGUGCCGCCCCCCAGGCCCAGCUGGCCCAGGCCGCGAACCCGGCCGCCAUGUCCGUGACGAACCAGAUGCCGAGUGCAGCAGCCGCGGCCGCCUCGCCACUGCUGAUAGCCCAGGCCGCCCAGAGGGCUGCGGCCGCCGCGCAGCGGAGAAGUGUGUAUUACGAUCCCUUCCUGGCAGCGGCAGCGGCCCAGGCUGACCCCAACUAUCGUCUACAGGUGAGUGACUGGCUUGCGGCCAAACCGGUGACGGAAGUUCAAGCUCAGCCGACAAUGUUGAACGCGGCAGCCCCCCUGCUGAAGACGCCCAUGUCGCAGGCCCAGGCCCAGGCGUACAAUGCCGCGACCUAUACGGCCGCAGCGGCCCGCGCCGCCUACGGAGCUGCAGCCGCCGCCGCCCAGCCGACCGUCGCCGGCUACGCCACCAUCGCUGGAUACGGACGCGAAUAUGCCGAUCCCUAUCUCGGUCACGGCAUCGGACCGGUUCCCGGAUACGGGGCCACCAUGUACCGAGGAACGUACAACCGUUUUGCGCCAUACUAGAUUUAAGCAGCAGCCAACUUUUCUCCUCUCUACCAUCACGAGAUUAAUUUAGAGUAGAAGCAACAAAACAACAACGCUGGGAAGUAGUAGAACAGCAGAUGGAAACAGAAGUAAAUAAAAAAAAACUCUAAUCAAGGAUCGAUACCAAAGUUGUACGCGAAGCAGCUCGAGACAACCAGAACCGUCGGCGGGAAGCGUUGAACCGAAUUAUAUAUUUUUUGGUUUGCUCUUAUAGGAUUUAAGGUUUACACAGUUCUCUCGUCUACACAGAAAAAAAAAGAAACACAUCACGUAAAGUAAAGUUUUCCAUUAUUAUUUUUUGCUAGGCUCUCUUUGUAACACAGAAGAAUCUCUCUCUCUCCACUCAAAGCAGAAAUAGUUCCUCAACUUUUGUUGUCCAUUACGUAUCUUCCACGAGCGCAGAACAAUAGUGCAUCCCCAAAACAAGUCAGAGAAAAUUGUCAUCCACUAGCGUUUAGUUCGCACACAUCACUCACACACAGAACAAAAAAAGUUCGCACACACUUGGCAGGAGACGAGGUUAGGUUAGAAGUCAGAUAUAUUUGUAGAGGAAAUGAUGAAAAGUGUAGAAUUUUGCCCCCCUUCCCACGACGCCCCCACACACGCGGGGGUGAACAAAAUCUUCCACGAAGGAAGACGCGAAGUCAGCUCAACUGAAGAAGAAAAAUUAAUAAAUGUGUAUUUUCAAGCGUGAAUACCGAAACGAACCAGGUGAGUUUUGCAGUACUAGAUUUCUCUACUUACAACACACUCACAGAGCCCGCUCCCCCUCCCGCUCAAAGGCAAAUAAUUUUAUAUUAAAAUUAUUCAAUUCUCGUCGAGAAUAGAAGCAAAAAUCUUGCUUAGAGCACGCCCAACCAGAACGAGAGAGUCCGCUACGACAUUGAAAUCUUUUGUUAGCGAGUAGAGAACUAAAAACACACACAAAAUCAGCCAAAGUUAUCGACUAACACACAAAUUCACUCAAAUGAUGAUGAAAAACGAGUUCUGACUUCCCCUAGCCGUGCUGCUACUGUAGUACUAGAACGGGCAGCUUCCCUUGAAAAGUGGAAAAAAUAAGCAAAACCAGUGUGUUUCCAGUGUAAAGCAAAA